CGGUACCAAGCCGCACCACGCCGACAUUAACCCGAAGCCGCCAUCACAGUCGAGACACCCGAGAGGGUUAAAGAACAUGUAAACGCCGCCGCUGCAGACCUGAUACUCACGGGAGUCGAUGCAUUGCGAUGUUACUCUUGCAUUUUGAGGGAAGAAAGCCGGAAAAAAGCCGACGGGGAUGAAGAAAAAAGUGUUUAAACGCCGAGUGCGCGUCACGUGAUCGGAGGCGGCCAAUGGGCGGUCGCCUGCGGGGCGAGCGCUGACGUAGCCGGAGAUUUUCUUUGUUAACAUUUUGCGGAAAAUGGAGGAAAAAAGGCGGUUAAAAACGAGCUCCCGGACCCGGGCACGACGCAGGGGACGGGAGAGAACGCGGCCGAGGCGCCGGCAGCGCGGCCGCAGGCCAGAAGCAAAAUUUCCCAUGACGAACUUAGAAUUAUCAGGACUGAACAGUACUGACGGCAGAGAAGACGAUCUACAGCCAGGCCUUUAAGUAGUUGCCUCUAUAGGGGAUCCUCAGCAAACGAGCAACUGUUAGCCUGGUUUCCUAGUGGUUGCAGGGGGACGCUGGUAAUGGGAUAACAGGCCUGUCUGGUGAUCCAGGGUCUGGGAAGCGCAUCCGCAAACCAUCUAUGCUGUAUGAAGAUUUUGAGAGUCCCACGAUGGCCAUGUCUACUUCUGUUCAUUCUCAGAACAAUUUUGUUGUUAGUCCUCCUCCACCAGAGGUAUCAAAUCCUAAGAAACCUGGUCGAAUGACCAACCAGGUCCAGUACAUGCAGAAAGUGCUCAUGAAAGCCCUUUGGAAGCAUCAGUUUGCAUGGCCGUUCUACCAGCCAGUGGAUGCAGUGAAACUCAGUCUCCCGGAUUACCACAAGAUAAUCAAACAACCAAUGGACAUGGGUACUAUCAAGAAGCGUUUAGAGAAUAAUUAUUACUGGAGUGCCAGUGAGUGCAUGCAAGACUUCAACACGAUGUUUACUAACUGUUACAUUUAUAACAAGCCUACGGAUGAUAUUGUGUUGAUGGCUCAGACUCUGGAGAAACUUUUUCUACAGAAGGUGGCACAGAUGCCCCAGGAGGAAGUGGAACUAACACCAGCUCCAAAAGCAAAACAUUCAAAAGGCCGCAAAACAGGGGGGGUGCCUUCUGUUCCAGGAGGAGUGACCAUGUCUCAGGUCCCAAUGGUAUCCUCAGUGUCUCAACCAACUGCCUACUCUCCUCCAACACCAGAAGUACCCACACCUAUUCUUGAAGUGUCUCAGACUUCAGUCAUAUCUACGCCAAUUGUACACAAGUCUUCACAUUCACCCCCUCAGUCUGCAUUGGCAGUACCACCACCAGCACAGCCUGUCACAAAGAAGAAAGGAGUGAAGAGGAAAGCAGAUACAACAACCCCAACCACUUCAGUUGUCACCACAAGUGGCGAGUCCUCUCCAUCAGUAGCUGAAAGCAAGGCUGCAAAGAUUCCACUUAGACGUGAGAGUGGCAGACCAAUCAAACCACCAAAGAAAGACUUGCCAGAUUCCCAGCAGCAUCAGAGUUCGAAGAAAGGCAAAUUGAGUGAACAGCUGAAGUAUUGCAAUGGCAUCUUGAAAGAGCUGUUGUCAAAGAAACACGCAGCAUAUGCCUGGCCCUUUUAUAAACCUGUGGAUGCCAAAGCUCUUGGGCUUCAUGACUACCAUGAUAUAAUCAAGCAUCCCAUGGACCUGAGUACUAUCAAAAGGAAGAUGGAUGAGCGUGAAUACCAGGAUGCACAGGAAUUUGCAGCUGAUGUGAGAUUAAUGUUCUCGAAUUGUUACAAGUAUAACCCACCCGAUCAUGAUGUGGUUGCCAUGGCCAGGAAGUUGCAGGACGUCUUUGAAUUCCGUUUUGCCAAGAUGCCGGAUGAGCCUAUAGAAUUCACACCCCCACCUGCACCAACUACUCUUCCUCCUGUUGUGUCUAAAUCAUCAUCUGAUUCUUCCAGUAACAGUAGUAGUGGGAGCUCAUCGGACACUGAGAGCUCAGAUGAUUCUGAGGAAGAGCGAGCUAAUCGUUUGGCAGAACUACAGGAACAGCUAAGGGCUGUUCAUGAGCAGUUAGCAGCACUCUCACAGGCUCCUAUGUCCAAACCAAAGAAAAAGCGGGACAAGAAAGAAAAGAGAGACAAAAAGAAGAAGAAAGAGAAGCACAAGAUGAAAGAUGAAGAGGACAAACUGCUUAAGCCAUCCAAGUCAAAGGCAGCACCGAAAAAACAGUCAAAAAAAGCAUCUGGAGGCAGCAGCUCGAGUGGUAACAAUAAGCAAUCCAAAAAGGCGAAGCAGCCUCCCCCUCCGCCACCACCACCCCCUCCUGGUUAUGAUUCUGAAGAGGAAGACAACUGCAGGCCCAUGACGUAUGAUGAGAAGCGACAGUUGAGCUUGGACAUUAACAAGCUGCCGGGUGACAAGCUUGGCCGUGUGGUACACAUCAUCCAGUCCAGGGAACCGUCACUUCGGGACUCCAAUCCUGAUGAGAUUGAGAUAGACUUUGAAACUCUUAAACCAUCCACUCUUCGAGAGCUUGAACGUUACGUAAUGUCCUGUUUACGGAAGAAACCUCGGAAACCUUACUCCAAGAAACAAGCAGGAAAGACCAAGGAGGAACUGGCUAUGGAGAAGAAGAAAGAGUUAGAAAAACGCCUACAGGACGUGAGUGGCCAGCUGAAUCCCAGUAAAAAACCUCCAAAGAAAGCAACUGAGAAGCCGGAUCCAGUUCAGCCAGCUGGUCCUUCACGCCUCAGCGCCAGCAGCAGCAGUUCGUCGGGAUCUGACACUAGUAGCACUUCAAGUGGAUCGAGUUCAUCAGACACUAGUGAUUCUGACUCUGGUUAGAAUUGGCAGAUGCUCUGGCAGGUUUCUUUUUGAGCAAAUUGGUUUAGGAUUGGUUCGAACUAAUCUGCGGGGUCGGAAGAAGUAUGAACCAGACUGUCGGGAGGUAUCCUGUCCCCACGUGCCCAUCGUUACUGACUGCAGUGUACAUGGUUUGAUGUGAUUUUUUUUUACAAAAAGGAAAAAAAACCUACACAUGCGAUACAUCGCAAGGACAGACCUGGUAGAGGAUUAUCCACUCCGUAACACAUCAGCUAGAUCUCAUAACCUGUCUGUCUCAAAAAUGUGUGCUGUAUUUGGGGCCAAGUGGGGACUGGGGUUGGGGGAGGGUGCUAUGGGGUGCUUGAGGCUGUUGCUUGGUUCCUCUUCCCUCUUCAGUUGAGGUGACUGGGCCAGGUCAAAGGAGACUGCAACCUCUAAACCUAGAGUCCUCCUCUUGCGCAAAAUCAUGUGGAGAAUCCAAUGUGAGGGGUGAGCAGUUUUGAACCCACCUGUAGAGUCGCUGUAAGCAGUUUUAUUUUGUUUUGAAGGUAUUUUUCCAUUUUGAAAACAUUUUAAGCUGUUGGUCUCUGAACUGUCACUCUGAAACCCAUGCAAUGCAGCUAUCUUCAGUGGAGUUAUUGAGUUUUUUUUUAAAGAGACUUAAGUUAUAGUUUUUUUACAUCUUUUAAGAUGGUUCAAGAAGGUUGUGCUUCAUCUUGACCAUGAAAGGCCACUGUCCAGAGGCCACUUGGCUUUUACUGAGUUUACUGGUUUGGUUGAGAAGCAUUUUUGGGGGCAAAAGAAACAGUAAUCCAACUGAACAUGAGUGGGCGGGCUUGAGCUCUGCCCAUUUUUAUUCUUUCCACAUCCAGUACUUGAAUGCAGAGCAGUAACGCUGUACCAAGGUGGUGUUGGUCAGUGCACAGUGUGUAAGCAAUUGCUUUGUGCCUAUCUUAUUUCCCCUCCUCUUUUGGUUUGGACUAGGCUGACUGGAUAGUCUUGCUGGUUAUCCUUCUACUUGGUGCCGUCUUACUGAGUUGCACAACUUAGUUUGGAGGGGCGAAAUUGUUUUUAAUGUGUACAGUUUAGUUGUAGUCUUCAUUUCUGCAAAGGUUACAGGAAAAGCUGACAGCUAAAUUUAAUCUUUUUUCAUCCAGUUAUGUGGUGUUUUAUUUAUUUUGUUACAAAAUAAUUAUGUUUUAUAUUGUAAAGACUGAACCAAUGUGCCUGUUGAUGCAGGUCACAAGAGUGUAGAGUGAGAUUUUAACAAGUAUUGUAUAUAUAUAAAGAUGCACAAUUGAAAAGCAUGUUUCUUAAUGUAAAGGUGAAUUUUAUUUUUUAUCUUAAUCUGUAAAGUUUUUUUUUCUACAGUCCGUUCUUGUUUUUUUUUGUUAUUUGUAGAAUUGGACCUCAUGUAGCAGUUAACAACUUGUAUGUGACAAUGUAUUUGUUAAACCUUGAGUUCUCAAUGCUGUACAGUAAAAAUGUUCUUUAAAGCUG